AUGGCAGCCCGGAAACCCGCCCGAGUCUCUUCGAGAUCUCGAUCGCGGCGAUCCGCCGGCAGAAUCGUGAGGCUCUACUCCGACGUGACCCCGAGAACGCCGAGAAUUUUCCGCGCGCUCUGCACGGGCGAGAAGCUCGGCAUCUCCGGCAAGCCUCUCCACUAAGGCUCGGCCUUCCACCGCGUGAUCCCCGGAUUCAUGUGCCCAGGGCGGCGAUUCAUCGCGGCGACGCACGGCUUCGAGUCGGUCUACGGGGAGCACUUCGAGGAUGAGAACUUCGAGAGGGGCACGGGGGCGGGGGUCCUGUCGAUGGCGAACUGCGGGCCCCCACACGAACGGGUGCAGUUUUCAUAUGCACGGAACGAGGCGGACUGGCUCGACGGGAAGCACGUGGUGUUGGGGAGGUGGUGGAGGGGAUGAGUCGUGAGGGAGGUCGAGAAGGUGGGGUCCGAGAGUGGGGAGACCAGCGAGGAGGUCGUCAUCGCCGACUGCGGGCAGAUCGCCUAGCGUUCAAAAAAUCCCAAAGCGAUAAAUGCGGUGGAAAUUAUUGGUGGGUUCACGCCCGCGGUCAAAAAAAUCCCAAAGCAACGGAAUGAAUUCUCCAACAUCAGCCGCGUGCGUAAACUUUACUAAUAAAGCGAUAAUUCUCAAUCAACAGUAGUUGUCAAAAUUAGGAUUCCACCCGAUCGCUCGGUUUUAUUAGCAAAGAAUCACACAAUUUCGGAUUCGGGGUUUUACUCGAGCGCUUGAUUUUGUUUCUGCAAAUCUGAAUUUUUUGUAACUCUUGAUGUAUGAUGCAUUAGUGCAAAUAUUUAUUGGCUGGGGGGCAAUAUGACCAUUCUGUUUGUGAUA